AUGAUUGCUCUGUGUAUUCGACAUCAUGUGCAACAAUAUGCCGAUUUCAAGGUCUUCUCAAUAAUAGCUGAUGUUCAAGACAGAUUUGGUGUGUCAAUCAGUUAUAAGAAGGCAUGGCAGUUGCCAAACUACAUGUUUGAACUCCAGUCACAGAAUCCGAGCACAAUUGUUGAGUGGAAGCACAACGAGCUGUUGAGUCAGAGACGUACAAAUGUGUUCAACUAUUUUUUCUGGGCAUUUGGGCUUGCAAUACAUGCUUUCCAGAAGACUGCACCAGUGUUAACAAUAGACGGGACUCACCUCCGAGGAAGAUUUAAAGGUAAGCUGUUUGUUGCUUGUGGUUUUGAUGCUAACAAGACAUGCUUGUCAAUCGCAUAUGCUGUGGUGGAUGAAGAAACCAAUGACAGUUGGUCGUAG